AUGACUAACAAGAAAGAGGACGACGAGGAGGCGACACUGGAGUACGUCGUCGAGACGCUGUUAAACAAGACGUUAGAAGAAGGCGCUUCACAGGAUUAUUACAGUUGUGAGAGCAAUGGGCGACAGGUCGUUAUUGCGAGAGCUCAGCCCGGGUUUGUGGUGAGCUACACUGAGCCCUUUGUCUCUGCCCACCUCAAGACCAAGGACGACGUACGGCGAUUUCAGUCGCAGAUCCACCCGCAAAAGCCCCACAAAUAUUAUCCGGACCAACCAAGAAUUCAGCAAUCACAAUCCCAUCCUUCGGGCCCAUCUCAGCCAUCUCGUCCAGACGACAUGCCACAGUUCGAGGACGAGCAUGAAAUGCUGAACAGAUCUGCAGCCCCUAUUGCGAACCCUGCAUUCGGUAUAGGCGAAGCGGACCUGUACCCGCUCGGCAAGUAUCCGUCGUUUGAACCAGGAAUGCCUGGCGCCUCUGGAGGCAUGCAUCCCACCCCAUUUGGACAAAAUCCGCACUACAAUCAACGUUGGGAUCCGCCAGCGCCGGGAGCUCAAGAUCCCCGUGACCCUAGCACAGGGCUCGACGCACUGUCAAGAGGCUUCACUCCCAAGGGCGGUCCGCCUAGCUCGGGGUACCAUGGGUUCCCUGGAGGACCUAAGGGAUUUGGUGGUCCUGAUACAUUUGGAGGCGGCUUCUUGUAG